UCAAGGUUACGAACUCUUGUCAUUUUUCUGAUGCAAAUUUUUCAGGGGUCGGAAACAACCAAGUUUAGCGGAUCGGACUUAUUUUCAUUACUUUUCCUUACGAAAUUUACAUCAUCGGCCGAAAAGUUUCUCCACAAAAAGAUGAACGAACUACAGAACAAAAUCCGUCGAGUCUUGACUCUUGACUUGAUAUCCAAAGGCAAAGAGCGGGCUUGCCAUUAUUACGAUUCCGCUUGAAACUUGUCCAUGUCCUUCUAGUGAGUAUGAUUAUAAAUCCAAUGGAGCUUGUCCGGAAGAGGAAAUCUUGGACAACUUCGCUUUCAUCUAGCGACGUUUUUCUAUUGUGUUCGAUGAUGACUAUAGCUGUAGAAAAUGUACAAGCUAGUUCAUGACUAUAGCUGUAGAAAAUGUACAAGCUAGUUCAUGACUAUAGCUGUAGAAAAUGUACAAGCUAGUUCAUGACUACUCGUAGGUCCUGUCCAAUCGAUUCCAUCCUUUUCCAAUUUCAGAGCUUGAUCCUAUAUCCUAUAUCCUAUAUCCUUGACCAUUGUCGAUGGCUCAAGCGCGAAGCCUAAAACUAUGAACACGUCCGAAGAAAGAUCCAAUUAAUUCUUAUCUACCCCCCUAUCAUGUCUCCACCUAUUUUGUAUGGGUUCGAGACAAUGACAUGUUCAAAUGAGAGGAGCAACUAUAAAGUCCUCGAGUUGGACCAUCUUUUCCAACACUUCUUCAUCACAUCAUAACCGAAUACACUUUCACACAUCACAACCUAACAAGCAAAUAAUCAAACAUUCCACAAAAUGUCUACAGAUUACAAGUUCCAAGGAUGGUUGGGUCUCGACGCCGAAUCCGCCAAUGGAAAGAUGGUUUGGCAAGAGUAUGAGCCUAAGCCAUUCGAAGAGACAGACGUCGAUAUUAAGAUCACUCACUGUGGUAUCUGUGGCUCAGACAUACACACUUUGAGAUCCGGAUGGGGUGCAUCAAAUUACCCAGUCUGUGUUGGUCAUGAAAUCGUUGGAAAGGCUAUUAGAGUCGGUUCUAAAGUUAAGGACAUUAAGGUUGGAGAUCGCGUUGGUGUUGGUGCUCAAAGUGGUUCUUGUAUGAACCAGAAGGGUGAUUGUGAAGCUUGUGCUGACAAGUAGGUCUGAUUCUUUUCAGAAUGGUGAGAUGAAACUAACGUACCUAGUCAUCAAAAUUACUGCCCUCACGGCACCAGUACUUACAACAGCAAAUGGCCGAAUGGAAGCAAAGCAUACGGAGGUUAUGCUGAUUACUGGCGCGGAAGUGGUGACUUUGUGCUCAAGAUCCCAGAUUCAAUCUCAUCCGAUGUUGCAGCUCCCAUGCUUUGUGGUGGUAUCACUGCUUUCUCGCCACUUGUACAGAAUGGGGCUGGACCCGGGAAGAGUGUCGCCAUCGUUGGAAUUGGUGGUUUAGGACAUUUCGGUAUUAUGGGCGCAAAGGCUUUGGGUUGUGAUGAAAUCACAGCUAUUUCCAGAACUUCCGCAAAGAAGGAAGAUGCCUUCAAAAUGGGCGCCACUAGAUUCAUUGGUGAGUUUGGAUUGUUUUCCUCAACCAAAUGGAGAUACUAACGAAUAAACGUAUAGCCACCGAUGAAGAGCCAAAUUGGGCCACAAAAUACGCAAACUCCCUAGAUCUCAUCGUCAGCACUGUCUCCUCGCCAAAACUUCCACUUCAAGGCUACCUUAACCUUCUCAGAUAUCAAGGUAAAUUCGUCCAAGUUGGUGCGCCCGAAGAUACCAUUCCUGGAUUCAACAGUAAGUCAAAAUUUCCUUCCAUCCUAGGCAUUGUGUUGACAUAAAUCAGUGUUCUCUCUCAUUCUCAAGAAUCUUACCAUUGGUGCAUCACUCAUUGGUCCCCCACAUGAAAUUAGAGACAUGUUGGCACUUUUCGCCGAAAAGGGCGUCAAGACCUGGGUCAACAAUGUUCCAAUGAAGGAUGCCAACCAAGCUAUUGUUGAUAUGGAGGAAGGAAAGGCGAGAUACAGAUAUGUUUUGGUCAACGAGAAGCACAUUGAUGCUUAGGUUUUGUAAGGAUAUUUUUGGAAAGUCCGGAAAGUUGGGAAAGUUUAUAGCGUUGAAAUUGAAAAGAAUUAUCACACUCUAAUUGAUGACCAGACUUGCAUGCUCAUAUUGCUCACUCGGUUGUUGUGAAAUGCAUGUCAGCCCUGAAGAAUAGGAUUGGGAACAAGGUUUUCAAGGUCCGCAGUCACGGUUUUUGAUCCUUAGAUUUUUCUAGGAGGUUGAAACAAUUUGGCAUUUUUUAAUUCACGGCGAUAUUCCAACUUUCUUCACACAUUCAAAACUUUCUUAUUGUAUCCUUUAAUAUGGAUUACCGAACAAGCAAUUUUGAGAAGAUGUUGCAUUCAAAAAACAAUUAGAAGCAUUAUGAUAUAUAUAGGUAGUUUAUGAACGCACCGAGCUUUGAGCGAUGGAGAUGUUUACUCUGCGAAGUUUGAUGAUAUCAGCAUUCACUUGACAAUCACUUGAAACAAUAGUCACGCGGAACAUAGGCAUUAUCCGUAUCCUAGCGAGAUCAUCACUUUCACCUUUUUCCUCUCACAUUUUCUUACAUUUUUCUACAUUCAAUUUUUCAACACUCUUAUCUAUUCCUAGACAGCGACGGCAACAACAAUAACAGCAGA